AUGUACAAUGUUGCUAGUGCAUUGGAUUACCUUCAUCAUCAUUGUGAAACACCAAUUGUUCAUUGUGACCUCAAGCCUAGCAAUAUUCUUCUUGAUGAUGAAAUGAUUGGACAUGUAAGUGACUUCGGCUUGGCAAGAAUCCUUCAUGAUAUUGUCCACGAUUCUUCUACUAAUCAAUCAAGCUCCAUUGAGGUUAAAGGAACUGUUGGUUAUACUCCUCCAGAGUAUGGUAUGGGAAACAAGGUGUCAAUAUAUGGUGAUGUUUAUAGUUAUGGCAUAUUAUUAUUAGAGAUGUUUACAGGAAAAAAGCCUAUCGAUAACAGUUUCCACAAUAGCUUAAAUCUUCAUGGCUUUGUCAAAGCAAAUUUGCUAGAACGAAUAUUUGAUAUUAUAGAUCCUAUUCUUCUCCCAAAAAGACAAGAGGGAGGGAGAAGGAUGAAUGACACUUGCAAUGAGAAUCGAAAUGGGAGUCUCAAAAUUCAAGAAUGCUUGAUUUUGAUCCUUGGAAUUGGAAUUGCUUGCUCCAAAGAAUAUCCAAGAGAAAGGAUGAACAUCAGUGUUGUUGUAGUCGAGUUGCAUUCAAUUCGGCAAAACCUUCUUCGAACUUGUAUACGAGAGGUCUGGAUGGCACCAAUGAUGGAAGAGAAGAAGAAGCAGAGGCACCUGAUCCACAACCUUGCUCUAGCAGUGACUAAGCAAGUCUGGAUGGCCCCAGUGAUGGAAGAGAGGAAGAAGCAGGGAUGCCAAAUCCCUAUACAACCUCUAACAGCAAUCGAGCCAGUAUCACAUUAG